CAUGGAAUUCCGCAAGAACCAUCCGUCUAAUGGGAAAAGGCGCACGGCAGUCCCCGUUCUACCACCGAGGAUUCCAACCCCCAUGCCAUCCGCCAACAACAACAACUCCAAAUCUUCAAUAAAAGAUGCACAAAAGACAGUUCAUGUUAUUUCCAAAGACAAUCCACAGACUGUCUCGAAAAUGGUUUAUAAAACUCUCGACAACGAAGUGAAAACUGCAUGGAUUAACCCAAGAUUAAUAUCAAAGAUUGAUUUGGAGAUGAUAAAGAGCAAUGAUUACAAGCCACCAGCUGAGAGGAACAUGAAUGGUCAUUACAAUCACAACCUAUCGCAUCAGAAGAUGCACCAUCAGCAGAAUCUGCAACAUCUUCACCAACAGCAGCAGCAGCAACAACAACAACAACAAGGAAAGGGUCCUGGGGAGUGGGAGCAGUCGGGCUCAGUGAAUGGACGGGCGUCGAAAUCUCGAAGCUCAGUGCUUGGCACAGUACCUACCCUAACACAUACGGCGAUAGACGCGAGACGCUCGGCCUCAGAGCGCCGCAACGCCACGCGACAACCGCAACAAGCUGUGAACGAAGUAAACAAACAUAAACCGUCAGCCGCAGCAUCCGCCACCACCGCUUCCUCUUCCGCAGCCGCCUCCACCUCCAUCGGUAUGGAGGCCAAGAGCAAAGUCGCUUGCUACUCGGGUCGUUCUGCUUACGAUGAGAAAUCCUACAUUCCGCGAAGUUUGAAUAGGAAUAGACAUGCUCCCGCCAACAAUAAACUCCUAGUGAAUGACAAGGUGGCUUAUCAGAGUGCGGCCAGUUGCUUUAUCGGGCACGAUUCAGGUGUUUUUGGUGUCUACUCUGAAACUAAGUACACUUUCUCUGUGAACGGCUUACCCGGAAACCAAGCCCAGGCUUCAGCUGCUGCAGCAUUUUUUGCAAGGUAA